AGACGGGGAGGAGGUGCCAGGCUGUUUGCUGGUUGCUAGCUGCCGCCGCUCGCCCGGCCACCCAGCCGCUUCAUUGUCACCGGGCCUCGGAGUCAGGGCCCCGGCCGCAGGCACGAGAACUUAGACCCGAAGCCUGGACCCCACGCGUCCCACCUUGGAAGGCCCAGCGCACCCCUCGCUACUCCAUCCCGCAGGCCCCGAGUCCCAGGCCCGCCUCACGCAGGGCCUUCCGUCCACCAUGAGAGGCUCCAAGGCCGUCAGCGGCCCCUCCGGCCCCCCCGAGGGCAGCCCAGAAGGCGUGGACCUGAGCCUGACGGGUCUUCCUCCGCCCGUGUCCCGGCGCCCCAACAGCGCCUCUGCUGCCAAGCCCAUCACCCGCUCCAUCUCCAUGGUCACCGGCAGCGAGCCAAGAAGGAAGACUCUGGAGGCCCCAGGGCCAGCAGGCUCCCCGGCCAUCAACAACCUUCGCAGGUCCAGCAGCACCACUCAGGUCAACCAGCCACAGGCCAAGCAGGCGUGGGCCGGGCCCCUCAGACCGGCGGAGCCCCCCGACGUCAUGACGCUCUGUGAGGGCAGCCCCGCUGGGAGGAAGAGGCCGGCCAGUCUGAGCAAAGCUCCCAGCGAGAAGGGAGCCACGUGGAACGCCCUGGACGACCGGCCCAGGGCCCUCACCUUGCUGUGCGACACCCAGAGUCCCGGGACCCUCGACGUGCCAGUGUGCCCGCGGAGGAGGGAGUGCACGGUGCCCCUGGCACCCAACUUCACGGCCAACAACAGGAGCAACAAGGGCGCCGUGGGCAACUGCGUCACGGGCAUGGUACACAACCACUACACCCCCCCGGAGAGGACGCCACCCCCCAAGAGCUCCAACCGCACGGCGCCCCCCCUCAACAACAUCCUCAAGGCAGCCACAGACGAGGGUGAGAGCAGCCACCUCGGGAAGCCACAGAAGAACGUGGCCCGCAGCAACCACGCCGUCCAGAACAACUCGGGCAGCGCCGCAGGUCUGCUCGGAUGGAAGGAGGUGACCGAGGAGGAGGCUGAGAGGUUUAUCCACCAGGUGAGCCAGGCCGCUGUCACCAUCCAGCGCUGGUACCGACACCAGGUGCAGCGGCGCCAAGUGGGAGCUGCCCACCUGGAGCACCUGCUGGCAUCCAAGCGAGAGGGGCAGCGGCAGCGGCUGGGAGAGGGGACCCUCCUGGACCAGCACCAACAGAAGGAGGCGGCCAGGAGGAAGGCCCGGGAGGAGAGGGCGCGCCAGGCCCGGAGGGCAGCUAUUCAGGAACUGCAACAGAAGCGAGCCCAGAAGUCAGUCGAUGCUGACCUUGGGCGGCCAAAGGGCACCCAGAAGACAGGGAAGCCCCGGCCCACCCAGGAGCCGCCCCUGAGGCCGGGGAGCGCUGCCCAGCGGACCCACAAGGCCAAUAAUGCUGGGGCCAGCAUCCACACCACAGGCCUGGAGGACCCGUGCCCGCCUGCCUGCGCCUUGUCCCCGGAACCCCGGCAGCUUGCAGAGAACACGCCUCAGGAUGCCAGCUCCCAGGACACAGCCGGCAAAGGCCUGGAGGCGCUGGACCCCGCCAGAGGCAAGGCCAAGUCCAGGGCCACCCUGGAUGAGCUGCUGGACACAUUGAAGCUGCUGGAGCAGGAGCCUGAGCCCCUGCCCCACCCCCGGGCCUACCACAAGGACAAAUACACCUGGAUAGACGAGGAGGACGAUGCCAGCUCCCUGACAGCGGACAACCUGGAGAGAUUUGGGAAGCUCAGCGCAGCCGCCAGCCCCCCUGAGGACGGGACCCUGCUUUCAGAGGCCAAGCUGCAGAGCAUCAUGAGCUUCCUGGAUGAGAUGGAGAGGUCCGAGCAGGGCCGGCCGGCCUCGGCCCCCCAGGGGCCUGUGCCGGCGGAGGGGCAGGGGCGCCUGGAGCCCGCGGCCGAGGCCAGCACGUCGGUGAUGCGGCUGCGGCUGGAGGUGGAGGAGAAGAAACAGGCCAUGGUGCUGCUGCAGAGGGCGCUGGCGCAGCAGCGAGACCUCACCGUCCGGCGGGUCAAGGAGACGGAGAAGGAGCUGGGCCGGCAGCUGCGGCAGCAGAGGGAGCACUACGAGGCCACCAUACAGCGACACCUGUCCUUCAUUGACCAGCUGAUCGAAGAUAAGAAGGUUCUGGGCGAGAAGUGUGAGGCCCUGGUGGCUGAGCUGAAGCAGGGGGACCAGAGGCGCAAGGACAGGGAGGCCCAGAUGCAGGAGCAGCAUGAGCUGGAGAUUAAGAAACUCAGAGAACUAAUGAGCGCCACCGAAAAAGUCCGCCGGGAGAAGUGGAUCAACGAGAAAACCCGGAAGAUCAAGGAGAUCACGGUCAAAGGUGGGGCUGCCACGGGGCAGGGGCACAUCAGGAGGUCAGUUGCGUGUGUGAUGGAGAGGCUUCCUGCUGGGGGGAGGGGGAGGGGGCUGGGGGUGGGGGCUCUGAGGGCUGAUGGGGCAGCCCCGGCUGUGUCUGCCCACGCCUGGCCCUCCUGCCCCAGGACACCCUCCCCUCUAGUGUGGCCCCCUCCUCCAGGGGGAGACCCUCCGGCCAGAGCCCCAAGCGGGAGCCAUGGUGCGGUGGGCAGGGAGGGGGCGCUGGGGCCCUGGUGGACCCAGCUGUGCUUCUGGCCGGAGCCCCAGUGUCAUGGUGGCCAGAGGUCAGGGGUCCCCCAUAGCACAGAGGGACGAGGGGCAGGGCUCCUGCGGAGGCGGCCGAGCGUCCCUGCAGCCCGAUGCCCCGCACCGCCCCCAGGGCUGGAGCCCGAGAUCCAGAAGCUGAUCGCCAAGCACAAGCAGGAGGUGAAGAAGCUCAAGAGCCUGCACGCGACGGAGCUGCUGCAGGCGGAGGAGCACGCGGCCCAGCGCUACUCACGCCAGGCGGAGGAGCUGCGGGAGCACUUGGAGCGGGAGAAGGAGGCGCUGGGCCGCCAGGAGUGGGAGCGCGCCCAGCAGCGCUUCGAGCAGCACCUGGAGCAGGAGCAGCGGGCCCUGCAGCAGCAGCGGCGACGGCUCUACAACGAGGUGGCCGAGGAGAAGGAGCGGCUGGGCCAGCAGGCCGCCAGGCAGCGGGCGGAGCUGGAGGAGCUGAGGCUGCAGCUGGAGGAGAGCAGCUCGGCGGGGGGCCGGGCCCUGAGGGCGGAGUUUGAGAAGGGGAGGGAGGAGCUGGAACGCCGGCACCAGACGGAGCUGAAGGCCCUGAAGGACCAGCUGGAGGUGGAGCGUCAGAUGUGGGAGGCCAACUCCGCCAAGAAGGAGGAAGCGUGGCUGCUGAACCGCGAACGGGAGCUGAAGGAAGAGAUUCGGAGAGACCGGGACAAGGAGAUUGAGCUGGUCAUCCACCGGCUGGAGGCCGACAUGACCCUGGCCAGGGAGGAGAGCGAGAGGGCCGCCGAGAGCCGGGUCAGGCGCGUCCGGGACAAGUACGAGGCGGAACUCUCAGAGCUGGAGCAGUCAGAGCGGAAGCUCCAGGAACGGUGCACGGAGCUGAAGGGGCGCCUCGGGGAAGCCGAGGGGGAGAACGUGCGUCUGCAGGCCCUGGUGCGGCAGAAGGAGAAGGAGCUGGCCGACGUGAAGGCGGUGAAUGAGCAGCUGGUCGGCGAGCGCAGCAACCUGGCCCAGGUCCUUCGCCAGGAGUUCGCUGACCGGCUGGCGGCCUCGGAGGAGGAGAAUCGGCAGGUCAAGGCUGAGCUGGCCGAGCUGCGGGCCCGCCAGCGGCUGGAGCUGGAGCAGCUCACGUGGGAGAAGCAGGCGGAGCUGGAGGAGGUGCACGGGAGGGUGAAGACGGCCCUGGCGAAGAAGGAGGAGGCCGUGAGCAGCCUUCGGAAGCAGCACGAGGCCGCGCUGAAGCGGGCCGACCACCUGGAGGAGCUGCUGGGGCAGCGCAGGCGGCCGUCCCCAAGCACCAAGUGACCUCCUGCCUGUGGGCAACGGACAGACCGACAGCAGCGGGCUGAGGGCGCCUGGCGUGAAGGACUCCCCGCCGCAGGUGGAGCACCGAGGCUGCGUCCUAGCAGUAAAGCGUGUCUUUUACUA